AUGCCCUCCAAUAAAAAAGCCAACCUCCAGGCGGCCGCCAACUUGAACACCUCAGCAGCGGCCCAAGAUCUUCCUCCAUCGUACGAGACGACGGUUCUCCCCAUCCCAAGACCAAGCGCAGGCACAACAAGCGCACCAUCCAUUCCGAUCUCUAUACCCAGCCAGAAUCCGCUCGAGGCGCUCUCACGACUCACCACCAUCGACUUCGCCAAAUACCGCGUCCCCGAUUCGACACUAUCUGACGACUGCACGACCGUGACCACCAGCAGGCCUGAACUCACCGGCACGCAGUAUGCUCUCAUCAAAUUCAUCUACGAGCAGGCUGCCUUGCCACCCAAACCGCUCAUGGUCGUCCGCGGCACGCAUACCGAAAACACGUCGACAACGGCCAUCGUGGACUUUGAGUUGAAGAUCAACCUCACUAGUCUCCUGGACACGGAUCGCGACCGCGGUGCUGGUCUGGACGGGACGAGGUCGUCGAAGCGGAUUCGUGUGAAACCGUUUCAGAAUGCGUCGUCCUCGUCGUCCUCGUCGCCGAAGCAGCCGGGUAGCAGUCGUACUGAACGUGAAACCACCCUGGGUCCUUUGGAGCAAUGGGUCAAGAAGUUCUGCGAAGACAAGGCUGAGAAUAAGAGUUUCACUAUCCACCGCGUCGCCAAAAACCUCCCAACGUCGAUGCUUGAAGGCAUGGUCCGCACCCUCAUUGCCGCGACCAGGUACCGCGGCACUGUCGCAGUCGAGUUCCCCGUCCAGUAUGCCGAUGUCACCGUGCGGCGCCAAUCAGGUAACUGGUUCGUCAACAUGUUACGACUGUAUCGAUUUACGCGAUACGAGGUGGUUGAAUCGCGUUGGGACCUGGCCGGCCUUAGUUCACAGACAGCAGGGGCUGGCGGGUCUGCGUUUGCCCCCGGCGCUGCAACAACAGAGCAAACCCGCCGCGCCGGCCUCAUUGCGCAGGAAUGGUGGCGGGAAUGGGAGCCGGCCAUUUCCAAUGCCGUGCUCGCGCGCAAACAGGGCUGGAUCACGAUCGAAGACUGGAUCGAGGCGCGCAUGGGUGUGAGGGAGAAGGAGAGGAAUCGAGACUAG